GUCCCAUUUAAUUGUUCAUUUCUUCCACUCUUGAGCCGGACAGAAUCAUCUGACAAUCAGCAGAAGUACAUUCUUGGUUAUUUGUGUUUAUCUAGCGGGGCAUUGGAUUGUUCUGUUACCAGCGUCAUAGCCUCACACUCUCACAGCCUCACGGCCUCACGGCCUCACGGCCUCGCAACGACCCCGACCCGGUCACGCCUUCACACGGGCCUUGUUCAUAGCUAUCUGAUACGAAGCGGUACGAAAAGCGAUACGGAAAUACGGGCGGGUAGGUUGAGCACUCCAGGAGGCUCACAUGUUGAAAGAAACCUCACAGAGGACAUGACAUUUUUGGGAGCCCAAAGACCGACAUUGCUAGCGAUCGCCCAUUGACCGUCAACAUUCAGCACUCUCGGCAGUUGAGAGGCCGUCAUGUCUCACCACGAGCCGUUCAAGGCUCUGGGGCCCAUCGACUGGACAGCAGUCACGGGUGACGACCUGAAGCACUUCCUGAACACGACAUUCCUUCAUGCUCAGACAGUCGUCGACAGCAUACUCGCAGCAGCCAGCCCGCAGCAGGCCGGCCGCGCGAGGAGCCAUACCGACAGUUCCGUCGUCUUCGACCCUUCGUCCCGCCACCACACAAGCACCUCGGCAAGCGCGGAUGCGUCCACCGCAGCCGCAGCCGCCCAUGCCGCAAAACUGCAAAAGGAGUGGAAGGAGGUCAAGGUAACCCCGCGCGACAACCCCUACAACAUGAGCGUCUACAAGCUCGCUGGGAAGGACGGCAGGGGCGCCUGGUUCGCCAGGCGGAGCAUGCACGAGGGCAUCUCCUUUGACAAGUUCAGGCUGGGGCUGGAGACGGAGUUUGCCCAUACUUUGCAGCACACCACGGGGCCUGGUACCGGCAACGUCAGGGGCAUCGGCGCUGAGAGGAAGGCCGAGCAUUUGCAGUGUUACGGGGUCGGCCAGGCUGACGUCUGGCUGUUGAACGCGCAGUUCCCGGGUCCUACGACACCCAGGGAUUUUGUCACGCUUUUCUUGACCGCCGUCAGCGGCGGCGACGACGGCAACGCCAAGACCAAGGGCCCGAGACAAUUCAUGGUUGUGUCCAGGCCCUGCAACCACCCCGAAUGUGCGCCCCGCUCCGCGUACAUCAGGGGCAACUAUGAGAGUGUGGAGCUGAUCAGGGAGGUCCCUGUCGAGAAGCCACUGCGGCGGGUAAGGUCUUCGGUGGACAUGAGGCGAGAGGAUGUCCACCUGCCGAGCAAGACCGGUGGUGGAAUGGACAUGAGCCAGGAGGCGGUCCUUCGUGCAGCUCGCAAACGAGCCGAGGCCAAGUCCGACGAGGGCCCCGGUGAGAGAGGCAUGUCGCGGUCACUGACCGGUCUGCCGCCCCGCGAGCGUAACGAGGAUCCCGUGGCUGCUGGGCAGUCCGGCCAAGACACGGAAAUGGCAAUCGAGUGGGUAAUGGUUACUCGGUCCGAUCCUGGAGGCAGCGUGCCGAGAUUCAUGGUCGAGAAGGGCACGCCUGCUGGUAUCGUGACAGACGCUGGGAAGUUCCUCAAGUGGUUGGAAACGAGAACCGAACAGACGCUCGAGGAGUCUCGGGCUGGAAUACCAAACGAGCCCGAGGACCAGCCUCUAAGGAAUAAUGUGGGUGAGGCGACAGCCCCUCGGGCGCAUCAACCUUCUGCCAGCACAUCAAGACCACCACCGGGCCCUUCCCAAGCUGCGGCGGAUGAGGAUGCACAACCCAGCGGCUUCUACAACAUGAUCGCUGGAGCUAUAGGUGCAGCAUCAACCAUGGUCACGUCACGAUUACCGGGUGUCGCCCAAUCGACAUCAGAGCUCGAUUCCGAUCUUCAAGACAGUGAAUCAGACACGGAGUCAGAGGCAAGCUUCGCCUCUGCACAGGAGCCCGAUGACGAGACUCCCCUGGCAAAGGUCCUCUCGGGAGGGGAUCUCAGCCUGGGAGCAGGCGGCGAAAUGGCGUCUAUGCAUUCCACCAAGAGCGACGAAUCUUCUACCAAAGCCGCGGUGUCGCAUCACGAGAGGCACCUUAAGAAGUUGCAGGACAAGCACAGGAAAAUUGCGGAGAAGAUGGCGCGCCAGCAGGAGCGCGCCUCGCAAGACAAGUCCAACCAGGGCGAUGACCAGCUAGCCAAGCUCAAGGAGAAGCAUGAGAAGGAAAUCGCUCGGCAGGAGGAGAAUUACAGGAAAGAGGUGAGAAAGAUGGAGGAGAAGAAGCUGAAAGAGGAGAGGAAGGCCGAAGAGCGGAGGAGGAAGCAGCAGGAGAAGGACGAGAGGUCCAACGCCGCCAUGCAGCUUGAGAAGGUCAAGGUCGAGAGGGAUAUGGCGCUCAAGCAGAUCGAAAUUCUCAGGGACCAGGUUGGCGAUCUGCAGGCACAGAAUACGAUGCUCGUUGCGCAGCUAGGCAAGCUGGGGGGGCUGGCCAGUACGAAUGACUUGGCGACCAACGGGAUGGUGGACGGCAAGCUGUCAAAGUCUUCGUCACAGUCGAAGUGAGGGGCGCCCGAAGGAGUGGGAUAUUCGAUGUUCUGGAUCGAUACAGCAUACAUGUGGGUCAUAUUUCCGAGCAACAAGCGUAGCCUUUUCAUCCCCUUUUCCAUAGCAUAGCAGACAGCAUCUUUGGUAGCGCUACGCUGUCACUUGUAUACCAGAAACAACGAUUGUUUUCCACGGAGUUUUUGAAUCGUGGCCAUUUUUGUGACAAAUCCUGAAUACUUGAAUAAAAAAACAACAUUGAGCAGGUGCAUUUUGCCCAAGUCAUGUCAGAACUCCCGCCAUGCACAGCACACCAAUAGUUCCCUGUGUCAGCGGCAACGAGACUCAGUCCAGCGCAGAUAGCAGGAGGCCAUGAAUCCUUGAGGCGUGCCCGAUGUCCUUCACCCGCGCCAGUGAAGCCGAUAUCCCGGCACCCUCCUCGCUGAGCAACUCAGCCACGACCUUCCCGCACACAAGGACGCGAUGACACAAAGCAAACGCAUUGGCAUUCGAAGCCCACCCCAGCGGGCCAUCAUCGUGACCGACUUGGGCCUCCAGGGCACCCAGAGCCUGCUCGACCCACUUCUUCAGCGCCUCCAGCGAGCUAUCCAUAACGAGCACUUUCCCGGCCACACCGUCAUCACCUUCUGUUUGGUCAUAAUCCCGCGGCAGGGCACUGAACACGUCCGCCCACCUCUGCGUCUCGCGGACCUCAUCUAUGAACAGGUUCUGCUCCUCCACCGCGAACAAGCUCUCGUCCACCUCGAGCGCCUCGGCGAACAGCCGCUCGGGCGCCGUCCAGGCGUUGAGAUCCUGCACGCCGAUGUCGAGCGCGACGAUUGGGUCUCCGACCAGCCGGCAGGCGACAUAUGCCUUGAACUCGUUGGUGUGCCCGAAGCGACCCUGCAGCCACGAGAGCAGGGCGUCGGCGGCGUCGACCGCGACGAGGGGUUGCGGGUGUGGGUCUGACGAGGUGAUGAGCGCCGCGGCGGCGGCGCCGACAUCGCGGAUCUCGUCAUCGUCGUCGACCAGCGUGUUAUAAAGCGCGAGCACGAAGGGCAGGUACGCCGCGUCGCCGCCGGCGGCCGACCGCACGGCUGCUGCGAAGGACCUGAUGGCGCCGGCGGCCGCCAUGCGCAUGUCGAAGGUGUUGCUGUCGUGCAGGGCGUCCGCGACGGUCUUUCCCCACGUUCGUAGUCGUUGCUCGAACAUGAAGAACGACAACUGCCCGUUGUGCGGGAGGGUCUGGAUCGCCAUCACGGGCCCCGAGGCGAGGAGCACGGCAUUUGCCAGGGUCGGAUUGAUGCCGUCCAGGAGGCAUUGCUGGAAGGCCUCGAGUUCCUUGGGCGAAGGAACAUCCUGCAGCUUUCCCUGGGAGAUAUGGUCGUCCAACAGCUCCGUCAGGUUCGUGAGGGCCUGGGCGCGGGCUUCCGGCACUUUGGUGUGUUUGCAGAGGUCCAAGUACAGCUUGCAGAGUUCAUGAGCCCGCGACUUGCCCCAUAUCUUAGGAACUGCUUCAAGAAGCAUGCAUGCAGUGUCUAUAUCCAGGUCCAGGGCAUCAAAGAGGCAAGCCUUGAGACCCUCGAUGCCCGUGAGCGCCACAGCUUCCCGCAACGACCUGAUUCCUAAACGAUGCUCGAGAAGUGCUAAAGAGGUGAAGCUGGCCCCCCCUUGUGCGAUCUUCGCAUGGGUUAAUUGCUCAGCUUUGCUCAGAUGAACACUGGCAGGAGGAAUGAUCUCCCAGGUCAAGGUUCGGACCUCAAUGAAGGCUGCCCAGACCUCAGAGCAUAUUGUGGCAUCCGACUCGUACUCCUCUAGCAGUCGUCCUAGUGUCCUGAUAUCUUCCGUAAACCUUGCAAGCUGAGACUUUCCAUCAAGUUCGGGCACGAUUGUCAGGCCGAGAAGCCGGCCUUCAUUUCUGUCCAUGGAUGUCCUCUCCAAGAAGAACUUGAGCGUGAGAAAGGUCCCAUGCAACCUGUUUGCCGAGCCCCGUGACUCCUCCAGCAGACGCUGAACUGAGGAGAGCCAAAGUUCGUUUAGGAGAAAAGAGCAUAAAGUUCGCGCGGCUAUCUCGCGGACAUGCCACUGUUGGCUCCCCAGGUAUCUGACAAUCAACUUGUACAGCUCGUCGCGGUGAGACUCUGGAGGCCCGGCGCGUCGGAUGAUAUCUAGCGCCGGAAAAACAGAUUCGGCUGCUGAGCUUGAAGUCAAGGUCCCAGGUUCCAUAGCCAAUUGUCCAGACUGCAGAAGAUUCAGUAGUAUAGGCGGCAGAGAUGGAUAUUUGGUGUAUGAGAUACGCAGCGUCUUCCCGUCCCAUCCGGCCUCCAGAGCACUCUUGCUUUCUCCGGUGCCAAAUAUACUGUCCAUUAGGCUGCGCAGUAACAAGAGUGCGCAGUUCCUAAUUGCCCAGACCUCUGCUUUCAGGCUAUUCGUCGCCAGUGCUAGGCAGCCAGGAAGAAACCUUUCCGCCUUUUUGCUGAGCAGCGACGUCUUGAAGACCUCUUUGAGAGAAUUGAAUGCGUGAACCUGAGGGAGGUUACUCCCAUCAGUUUCCGAAACCGAAGCUGGUCGCUGGGCUAUCUCCUCCAACGUUCGUAUCACCUGCUCAAAGGAGGGGCUAGCCGCAUUUGAUGCCAGAAUAGCAGUGAUUAAAGCUGGUAUACCUGCAGAUCGUCUUGUUGUUGAUCUCUGCGCAUAGAUGCAUGAUAGUGCGCCUUUGUACCAUUCCUCUAGCAAAGAUUCUUCGUUUUCGCCAGAAGCGACAUGCGGGUUUCGAGCGUUCUGACAGCAGCAAGUGAAGUUCAGCGAGACGCUUGAGAACGCACCUCUAUGCCUCAGAGUAGAAAGCUGCGAGAAGGCCAGAUGGCCUACUCUCCGGAACACCUCGGGCGUGGGCAAGAGAAACCCAGCCGCACGGCUGAAACCUAGGUUGCCCACCAUUGUGCGCAUCAACUGGCUGGACUCGUGGAUGGCCCGGAAGCUGUAACUUAAUAAGCCCUUGCUAUCGAGGCCAUCGUUGUUCUCGAGCAAUUUGCCCUCUGGCGAAUCGUCGCACAAAACAUGACUGACGGCACCCCAAAUCCGUGUACAGAGACCCACAAUCCGUGUCUGGGACGGGGCGAGGAGCUGCAGCUCAGCUUCACUAUACCGAGCUUGUGACAAGACUUGCCACAUGUAUCUUACUGCGGCAAAAUCGCCAUGGACCGGCUCUGUCAUGACUGCAUAGGCCAGGUCUUUUUCCGCCCCACUAAUUUUGGCUUCUAAAGUGUCCAGCACCCGUGACAAUAACGGUAAUCGUCUCUCGAGUGUGGUCUCCCAGGCACACAGAAGGCCGGAGGAACGAGCGGCUCCAUCUGAAUGAUCUGCACGACUAGUGCGAGAUGCCUGAGCCGCUGCUCGAGAGGUGAACUCUGAUAACAUCGCCAAUGGGGUGGUAUUUGCCAAUGUAGCAUUGACUGUGAAUUCUUUUUGCGUGUACUCUGGCGGGAACAGCAUCAGCAAACUAGUGGCGGUCUCCCUGACGUCGUCGAAUGGGUCCAUAAUCAGGUCGAGAAUGAUGCGGAUCCAUUGGGAAUCGGUGUAUAGGUUUUGCUCAGGACCACUCGAGUUUUGUUUUCCGAUUUUUAUAAUUGCCACCAAAGCUUUCAAGGCAGUAAUGUGCCGCUGGUAUGAGGCUGUAGGCGCCAGCUCCUGCCGCAGGAACCGUGUAUACCACGUGUAGAAUGUUUGCUGAGCCGCGAGGGUGUCGCGCAGCCAAGUCUCCCCAGCGUUGGCUAUUUCCUUUGCACCUUUGCUGAUGUGUGUGUUGACUGCUCUUUCCUUGGCUUGAGAUGCUGAGGCCUUGGCUUCCAGGCGAACUAGGUCCUUUUCGAGGGUAGAAAUCGCCCCAUUGAGUCUUUUGAUCAUGUUCUUGGAAAUACCUAGAAUCUCAUUCCGGAAUUUGGCAUCAGGGUCCGCGUGACAUGAUCUGAGGUGCUUUCGCAGAAGCUCGAAUGUCAUCGUUGAGUAAGGCCGUGUACUAGACGAAGAGGAUAUCAAUAAAGACAUGGCGAAAGACCGAACAUCGUAAGAGUUAUGAGUUAGGAACCGCUCCAGAACCUUUCCGUCCAGCUCUACAGAACUGGUGGCUGUCGAUUGGCCUUGACCUGAGAAUUUGUCAGCAAUUCUGGUCAUGGUACAGAAGGUCAAUCCAUGGGACCCGUGGCAAGGUAUUGCAGAGAGAGUCGUCCCAAGGGUGAUUUGCCCACGGAAGUUUGUCCCGGAAGAGGCCGUGCUACAUCCAAUGUAACCAUAGGAGGGAAUUCGUUAAGAGGCAAAGCCCAUAGGAGGCUGUCCUAUAGAGUGACAUGCCAUGGGAGAGUCCCAUGGAAGUCCAUCCUCUAA